CAAACCUAUGUCAAAUUGCACAAUUCCUUCCUCGGAUCUUCGAAAAUUCCAUCACUCAUUAAUAAUAUUCAUCGCAUUCAAUCCGGUAAACAGGGAGAGGAGACACACAAGCACUCUGAUGAAAGGGAUGCCAAAGGAUAGAGAUGCGAGUGAAGGAUUCAAUCACUGAAUGGCGGCUAUUUGUCUAUGUAGCGGUAUCAAAUGAGGGCUAAUGGAGAUCUAUAUUCAAUUCAAGACAACAAAGAAGGGUAAGAGAUCUACCCCUCAUCGACUAGAAAUCGCCAAGGACUCCACUAUUGGGGAUAUCAAGAAGAAGUUACUGCAGGAUGGUAUGUUACAAGGAGAAGUCAGCCAGAAAAACGUUAGACUUCCCAUUCCACAAGGCAGAGAUGAUAUUCGGUUGUUUCAAGACUAUCAAGGAGAAGAGGAGCUCCGGCCAGACGAAUCUACCAUAUUGAGCCAUGCCUGCUAUCGAAAUCUGCCCAGUCUUCCCGAACACCAACUCAAAGCAGAAGCCUGUAUCUUUGUGGGUAUUCAAUUGCAUCUGGAGAUUCAGCUCGUUCCGAAGCCACCUACUCCAGAUAGGCAGAUAUACCCUUCAGGACACGGCGCAAACUCGCCAUUGUGGGAACAAAUGCAGAUCAAGCUUUUGCACUUUGGACGAGUCAGUGAUUUGAAGCGCCAGAUUGAGUUAGUUACUGGGGUUGUACCAGAACGACAGCAUCUUCUUUGGAAGGGAAAAGAAGUGUUCAAGAACAAUAAACUUUUGAUAGAUGUUGCAGAUGGAAUUGUUGACACAGCAAAUGGGGAGGUGCCGACAUUGCAACUGUGGGCCAGUGAAUGCAUGAUAUUGCUACGCUAUCGACACAACGUCAUUCCGCUGUUGCUUGAGUCGACAGACACUCUGAGGGAGCUCAAGGCUGAGAUUUUCCGAAGGAAACACAUCUCCCUUGGAAACUGUGUCCUAGUGUCUUGUAAAGGAACAGUUCUGUCGGGACUGCCAGGGAAAGGCGGUAACGAGAACGAUGAUAGAACUCUGGAUGAAUUGGGAAUAACCAAUGGUUCAGAUGUAUAUUUGGUAUCAAGGAAAUAUAGCACGGCACAUUGCGGGAACCAUGAGAUACCCAAGGCCGAGCAUCGGGGGAUAUCUUUGUCUCAACUACGACAUCUCGAAUUCGUGAUUUUGACUCGUUGCAGGGAAGAAGGCUGGACAAGCGUAGAUCCCAAACAAAGGGGGAAGCUCCUGCGCCCCGAGGAGGUGACUUUGUACGAUCUGAUGCACAACUAUAUCCGACGUGCUACGCGAAAGCACAAUUGCAGUUAUGUCGAACUUGUGUCGAGGUCAACAGAUGCACAGAUCCCAAGCUACUUCAUCUCGCACUGCUGGCAGGGAAGCGUCUUGAACUUUGUGGCGUGUCUCGAGAGACACGCUUUUGACCGUGGACUCCCAGAGACAACCUCUUACUGGGUUUGUGGCUAUGCUUUGAAUCAACAUAACUUGUCUGCAGAGCUUUCCGAGAACCACAAUAGCAAUCCGCGCCAAACACCUUUCUUGAGAGCGAUGGAGAUGACACAUGGAACGGUUUCGCUCCUAGACAUCCACGCUACUUGCUAUAGUCGCGUCUGGUGCUCAUUUGAAGUCGCGAUGAUGAUGGAGUUAAAGGGGAAAACGAGGUCAGAGGCAACUCAAAAGGAGCAUACUUAUGACGUCUAUGCCAUGUCAAAAAGGAGAAAUGGAAGCACGGAUAUCCCUGUGGGGAUAACAGAUGGUGUGGUCUCUGCGGAUGUGACUAAUGCGUCUGAUCUGCGUUUGAUGAUGAAUAGCUCCGAUUCGACAAUUGAAAACAAAGGCAUCUUUGACAGAAUGAAAAAAUACAAGGCGGCAAAAGCAAAACGACAAUCCAGAUUUCCAUUGGAAACAUGUCACAGGGCACUUGCCAUCAAAUUGGAAGAUGCAGAAGCAACUUUGGAGCAGGACAAGAUUCGAAUACUGAACAGUAUCGUUGGCAGAACGGACAACUUUCUUGCAAAGCCUCCUGACUCUCACAGUGCCUACGACGUCUUGAAUGCGUCCUUGAGAAGCAAGUUUGCAGAAGCCGGCUACCGUGUCGCCUUAGAGAGCGACGAUAAACAGAAACUUGGGGAUUUCCGUGUUGCCCUGUCAGCUGCACCGCUGACUCAUCUCAAUUCAGCCUUUGCUGGAUGCCUCCAAUUCCGAAGUGAAGCCAAGCAUUUCAUUGGUGCUUUACCGGUUUCGCUGGAGGUAUUAGAUCUUGACAUUGCUUCAAUUGGUUUCCAAUCGAGCGCAGAGUUUGCCUUGAAGCUGGACAGAUUACAGAAUCUUCGAAACCUGCGCCUCAACGCACGUCAUUGCAAGGCUCUGAGCAGUACGAAGCACUUCUGGGAGGCCUCGGCGAAGCUCCCUGCCCUGGUGGAACUUCGGGUUGACCUAUUCAAUUGCUUGAAUCUGACCUCUGUUGAUGGUCUCCAAUCCUUUGGUCUCGCAUCUUCUUUGUCUUACCUCUCUAUAAAUCUUGGGGGGUGCCGACAAUUGCGUUCAUUGCAGCCACUGUCUCUUGGUUUGUCAACCGCCGCAACUCUACGAACUUGCCGACUGACCUUUUUCAUUGAAGAUGCUGAUUCCAUUGCAGGUUUUGAUAAUGGCCUUAGUGGUAUGACUAUGUUGAAGAAGUUGUGCUUGACUGUCAGUAACAGCGACAACGAAUCGUUGAACGUGAUUGCAAGAGGACUGGAAAGCUUGACGAAUCUUCACACACUCACGAUUUGCUUCAUUGCAAGCUAUAGCAUAUCUUGUGUGGGUAGCAUUGGCAGGAGUCUGUCAACUUUCCCUGAUCUCCGCUACUUGGAUCUCAAUUUUGUCGGAUGUGGCCAGGUAUCAUCCAUCUCUGAAGUUGCCAAGGGGCUCAAGUCGUGCGCCAAGCUCGAAAGUUUGAAUCUCCUUUUCAAGGGUUGCAAGGGCUUGUCAUCCGUCGAAGGGAUUGGUGCAUGCGUGCGAAGAAUGACUUUGCUGCAGAAGUUGGCGCUGUGCUUCCACGGUUGCAGUCUGAGUUGCAUUCGAGAGCUGACGGAUGCCUUUAGGACGUCUACCUAUGCCUCAUUGAAGGAACUUUCUCUUUCUUGCUCGAAAAACUCAAGCCUCUCUGUAGACAAUUUUGAGUUCCUCAGUUCUGCAAACUUGCCACUGCUAGAGUCCUUUCAGCUACGUUUCGCGAGUUGCAAGAGAAUUGCUUCUGCAUCAGGGCUGUCGGAUCUGUUCAUUUCUGCCAAAGAAUCCCAAUUCAAGCAUAUCGUGUUAUCCUUUGGUGGCACAUCUGUCCCAAAAGAAGCGAGUGCCAGAGUCUGUCAUGCAAUUGCCGAACGCCAGCGCAACACUCUUUCAACUGGUUUCAUUGAGUUUCCUGGUAUUGCUCCCAUGAGAUCCCCUCGCGAUAUUGUUCGCGUGUUGUCCAGACUCGACUGCCAAACAAGCCCAGCAUCUAGAGUGGGUCGGGAGUGCAAUUUCGAAUCAACAGUAACUGAACUAAAUUAAAAUGAUCGAGGGGAAGAACCAACAUGGUA